AGCCGAUAUUACCGGAAGACAACCGACAUCAUUUCUUUUCACGGCUGCGUUUCCCAGCGCUCGUACAUGACAAACACCAAGGAACACGGUUGUAUGUUUGUGUGAGUUGCAUGUCUUCUCAAGAGCCGCUACCGUAGAUGAAAGACCCCAUGAGGAAAAUGCGAAAAAAGUAGUUCAGCGUCUCGGACAACGACUCUUCUUUUUCCCUCACUGAAGCUAAGCGACGGCAACAAAGAACGCGAUAUUUGACUGAAGUGUGAACACGGCAGCCCAGCUCCACGAGAGAGGUAAUCAUGCGAUUAACAGGCCCCAUGCGAGCUGUGGCUGUGCUGCUCUUGGUUGGACUCAUAUGGCUGCUGGCAAGCACAAUGUUUGGAGAAGAAAGCGCUGCUUUUCUGCAUCAUUUCCUCAAUAGUGCAAGUCAGGAACCAACCCACGCUGAAGUUCGACCACGAAAGUAUAAAUGCGGCCUUUCAGCAGCAUGCCCCCCCAAACAUCUGGCUUUCCGUCUGGUAUCAGGAGCUGCCAAUGUCAUUGGGCCCAAAAUCUGUCUGGAGGAUAAGAUGUUAUUAAGCAGCGUGAAAAACAACGUUGGCAGAGGAUUAAACAUUGCUUUGGUGAAUGGGGUGACGGGCGAACCUUUGGAAACAAAGACCUUUGACAUGUGGGCAGGAGAUGUUUCUGACCUAUUGAAAUAUCUGCGACCGCUCCACGAGGGAACACUGGUGUUUGUAGCCUCCUUUGAUGAUCCAGCUACAAAGUUGAAUGCAGAGUCUCGGCGUCUGUUUGAGGAGCUCGGGAGCACUGCCGUCAAGGAAUUAGCUUUUCGGGACAGCUGGGUGUUUGUUGGUGCCAAGGGCAUCGACAACAAGAGUCCAUUUGAACAGCGGAUGAAGAACAGUAAGAGCAGCAACAAAUACGAAGGAUGGCCAGAGUCACUGGAGAUGGAUGGCUGUAUUCCCUUACGGCCUGCUGUGGAAGUUUAAUUCAGUCCUUUGCAGUAAACGUUUCAAUUACAACCAACCACUUGACUGAUUGAAGCCAAGGAGCAACUGAAUGUGCACCCUGUUUAAGUCACACACAGAGAUCGUGGUCGCGGGAUGUGAUCUUGAAAGUAGUAAAUGUGGGGAGUGCUUGUGAAAGAUUUGCGGAAGCAAUGUGCGUGGGCAAAGUUGUAAAAGGGAAACUUGAGAGGUGAAGUUCGACUAACAAAGGAGCUGGAGUCGGUCUUCCUUGAAAAGAAAGUGAUACUUCUCCUCCCUGCCAAAAAACUGAAUCCACUCCAGAAAGUUGUACCGUAUUCUCAAGUUCACAAAACACUUUUUAGCAUUUUCCUGAAGGGUAAACGUUUGUAGUUUAAAUGUAAACACUGUGUUUUAUAUUCAAGUAAAAAUAUCUCUUUUCAUUCUGUGACAAAUAUUUCUGUGAAAUUGUAUUUAUAAUAGUAAGAGACGUUUGUUGCCUUCAAACCUGAUGCACAAGCCUACCCGGUGUUUACCGACAGUGCUAGACAUUUCCGUUACUUGUUUCACUGUGCCAGUGGUGUCAAACUCAUUUUUGUCAUGGGCCACGCUUUAGUUACCGGUUCCUUUGGAGGGCCAUUAUGACUGAAACCAAAUUUUAUAAAGUCAAUAAUAACGGUUUAUCCAACUAUUGUUUAAGUUUCUGUAAUGAGGGUUUUGGCGACAAGAAAAUGCUUACAACGAGUCUUAUUUAUCACAUAGGAGAAUUUUAAAUAUUGGUAGAGAUUUUAUCAAGCAUCGUGGAAGCUGACAUUUGCUUUUGCGGGCCACAUAAAAUGAUGCGGCGGGCCCGAUCUGGGCCCCGGGCCUUGGGUUUGACACUGCGCACUAGGCUCUAUUUAUUGAAAGGCCAAACAGAAGCUUUGCCAUCAAUGUUCAAUUUUAAAUGGCUCAAGUUUUUAACAAUAUCCAAUGCUGGUUAAUAUUUGUCCACUGAGUGCUAGUUUGUUGGAAUUUGCGUAUGUGUUUUUUUUCUCCCUCAAUUUUUGAUGUGGUGGAACUAUUUGAAUGCAUUCAAAUAGAAUUAUGAAUUAUGCAGGAAUGGCGAUUUUCCGCGAAAAUCCGCCGUUUCAUUAAAAUAAUAAAUUUUUGUGAAUCGUCUAAAUCCGGUGAGAACAUUUUAGGGGGGGUCAGGUAACUUAUCGUCGAGUUUUCACGAGCUCUCCCGAUCAGUCUUUCCAUCUUCCAAUUGCAUACCUGUCAACUUUUCGGAGCGCAAACCUGUAUAAACUACCAAAAAAUCAUUAUAAUGAGAAAAAAUCCUUAUAACAUACCAAAGCAUUUUAUAUGUCAAAAUAACGGCAGAAAAAAACCCCACGAAAUUUUAAAUUUAUUGUAGAUCUCCAUAAUACAAUGUCUGGUUAAUGUCUAAUCAUCAUUCUACUUAGUGGCAUUACUGUGUUCAGUUGUAUUCCUGCGCUACUUUUUUCCAAAUGGUUUGGAGUUGGUGAAAAAAAACCCUGAAAUUUUCAGAAUCCGUAUGAUUUGUGCGAUACAGCCAUAUACGUGAGAUUCACCACAAAAUCCGUAUGAACUAUGGCUAAACCGUAUGAGUUGACAGGUAUGCGAUUGUAAACAGCACUGCGAUUGGACGUGUAUGAUGUCUUACUUGUUGUGAUUGGUCGCCCGUCCAGGCCACGCCCCUUUCUGCUUUUUUCAUCACUAGCCAUUUGCCAUCCCUGAUUGUGUUGCUUUCGAGUGGUGAAUAUUUUAUACAAAGCUUUGUGUGUGUGGCAAAAAUUAUUUUAAAAUAAAAUCAUUUUUCUCA